AUGGUCUUAGGAGACCAACUUCGAGCCUUGUGGUUAGAUGCAGCAUCUAAUGUCUGGUUUUCCAAUUGGAGCCAAACUCUUUUUUUGCGGUCCCUCAACACCUUCAACUCAUGGGCCGCGGCCAUACGCAGCUCUUCCUCCCCGCAUAAAGCUCUGCGUAUCUUCACCCAAAUGCACCGCCAGUCUGUGCCUUGCGACACUUACUCCAUUCUCUUUACUCUAAAUUCAUGUACCAAGUUUCAUAACCACGCAGCCAUUCAACACCUCCAUUCCCACAUCGUGAAACUCGGGUUUGAUUCUCACGUAUAUGUAGCCACCUCACUUCUUCACGCCUACGUUUACGGCUCGCUUGUGCAUGCUAGUCAACUGUUCGACGAAAUGCCUGAGAAGAGCACAGUCACCUGGAACACGAUGAUUUCCGGGUUCUCGAGGACCGGGAAUGUAGAGAGAGCAAGAAUUAUGUUUGAGGAUAUGCCAUUGAGAGAUGCUUCGUCAUGGAAUGCAAUGAUCACAGCGUAUGUGAACAACGGGAGACAUGAGCUUGGGUUGUCACUCUUUCGGGAUAUGGUGAUGGGUGAAGAAGGUGUGAGACCUGACCCAAGGACUGCAGUGGUGGUUUUAUCUGGCUGUGCUCAUUCGGGUUCUGUUGGGUUGUUGGUGGGGAAGUCAGUUCAUGGGUUUAUUGUGAAGAACACGUGGGAGAUGAAUGCGGAGCUCGGUACAGUUUUGAUUGACAUGUAUGCGAAAUGUGGGUUUUUGAAGGGAGCAGAAGAGGUUUUUGAGUUGAUGCAAGAGAAGAAUGUGAUGACUUGGACUGCAUUGAUCUGUGGAUCGGCGCAAAAUGGUUCCAAUGAAGAAGCAUUGUGUUUGUUUGCGAGGAUGCAAAAUGCCGGUGUAAGACCUAAUCAACCGACUUUUACAGGAGUUCUUAGUGCUUGUGUGAACUUGGGACUAGUUGACGAGGGUCAAAAAUAUUUCAAUCUGAUUGAAGAAUGUGGCUUGGAGGUUAAGAUUCAGCAUUGUGGAUGCAUGGUCGAUUUGUUUGGUAAGGCGGGGAUGUUAGAGGAAGCUUAUGAUUUCAUUAAAACUAUUAAGAUUCUGGCCACCGUGGGCCGGCGCUGCAACUCCGGUCGGUAUAGACAGGAGCCCUGGGAGGGGAGAGUGCGGUGUGCACUAUCUGCGCUGUCAUUGCGCGUCACCGGUAGCCGUAAUCCAACCUAUGGAUUAUACCCCAGCACCAACUAUAGAGAUAGAGCAUGAUGUCACGAUUGAGAAAGUAGAAGAGUACUUUGUGAAUUACAUAGUUAAUGAUAGUUUGGGGAAACCAGAGAAUGAUGGUAGGG